ACAGUUGGGACUUUACUACAUUUAUGGCGGCAUUUAAUCGCCACGCAUUUUUCCAAAAAAUAUCAGCUUAAUCUAUAAUAACUUAACACAUUCUUCAUCAUCUUCUCUAGUCUUCUUCUUUACAUGUUUACUUCUGUUACCAUCCUUUUCGUUCUCUUCUAAAACGCACCUUCUUCAACUAACCUAACCAUAACUACAAAUGGGGAACGAAGCAGCACUAAGAUUAUCUAUGGUAGGUCUUGCGUUGGUGAUGGUGGUAGUAUGGUUAUGGACACAAUCUUUAAAGAAGACUGUUGUUACUUACGCCGUCGGUAUUUCUCUUAUCGGUGGCAUACUUUUACCCGACUGGGACUUCUUUGAUCGGAGUUUCUCACGGUGGGGUUACCCUGUCACCGCCGAGGAAAGAGCCGCCGCUCUUGCCCGUAAAUCUCAUCCUUCAAGGUUUAGAGUGUAUCCUAUGAGGAUGGUUUUAUACGGCACGGUCUAUGGAUAUGCAGUGUAUAGCUGGUGGAUGUACGUAUCAAAUUAUUAGAGUCGUAUUGUAUUUACUUGUUCAUGUUUACUGUAUGGUUUAGUGUUGAUUAACAUGUUUUGUUGGCCUUCGAGUUUAUUUUAACUUCGAGGAACAUGUAAGUCUCAUUACAAGAUUACGUAUUUGUGUUCACA